AUGCAAAUGAAAGCUUUAGGUUGGAGCUGGGGCUCUAGGGAGAGCAUGGCCGAGGAUCGGAUGUGCCGUGCUUGUGUGGAGACGACGCUGGGCACCCGGUUGCUCAUCAUCGCGCCCUUGCACACCACCAUCGCCGAUUUGAGAGGGAGGAUUGAGGCGGCGCAUGUCCAGAACUUUCCAGAGAAUGGAGAGGUCGUGAUCAAGUCGAUCAUGAUUAUGGUAGCUGGGUUUUGGUACGCGGUCACCGAGGGAUCGCUGGGUGUGGUGGCCCAAGGUACCGACGCCUUGUUUAAGGUGGACCUAGAACUCUUCCCGGAGGAUGUCGAAGGGGACGAAGCGGAGCCCAAGAGGCAGAGGAGGGAUCAUGUCGGAUCCCAUGGAAUCUUGCCGCAAAGGCUUGCCGCUCUUGAGCAGGAUAUCCUGGCCGCGUUGAGGAUUUGCGAGGAGUGGAUAUCAUCUCACGUCCACGAUGGUGGAGCUCCGGGCCUUGCUGCUGUCGAGGGCACUGGCGAUUUUGACGUUGCUGCUGGUCAGGUGGUCGAAGGCGCCGCGGAUUUGGACCUUGAUCAAGGGGCUGAUCCUGUAGAUGAAGUCAAGCCGGUUGCCAGUGUGGAGAUAGUCCCAUCGACUCCACUUCACGCAGUGGCCCGAGCCACCGAGGCGGCAGCUGCGGCCUUUGAAGUGCAGACUGGCACCCAGAUCAUUGGCACGCAGAUCAUUGGCACCCAGAUGGUCCAACCUCAGAUCCUGGAGGAUUUCGAACCCGUGCCAACUCAAGUUCUUGACAACUCCGCCAAGGAGGAGCUCAAGUACCCGCGACUCUUCGCGGUAAGAAGACUUCGUCGUUGAGCUGGUUGUCGAGUAGAAUCGUUUUGUGAAAGCUUCGGAUGUAUGGUCUAUAUAAAUCAAUCUGUUGGGAGAGUUUUCUAGUA